UCAAAAAAAAAAAAAGGAAAAAAAAAAAGAAAGUCUCAUGAAGGACCAGCCAUGCUGCUAGGCCCCACCUGGCCCUCAGGGGCCCCCAGGCUUUAAGGGGACUCCUGGCUCACGGCCAGGCCCUUGGUGCUGGAGGAGGUGGUAGGUGAAGGACACCGGGCACCAAGCGGGCAGCCAGGACCCCUGGGCUGCAGACAAGAAAGGGACUGUGGGGUCCACCGGGUCUGGGCCACAUCAAGGAGUGUGGUUGAAGAUCCGCCCUAGGAGCUGAAAGCCAGGGCGCUAUCAGGGCUGAGAGUCCCCAAACAGCCCUUGGGCCCAGGAGUGUGAAGCUGGGAGUAGAGGGCAGAGCUCCCACCCCGCCCCGCCCCCAGGGGGCGCCCCCGGCCCGGCGCGAGGGGAGGCAGAGGAGGCGCCAGGCCGCUGGAGAGGAGGCCAUGGGCGCGCGCGGGGCGCUGCUGCUGGCGCUGCUGCUGGCGCUGUCGGGACUCGGGAAGCCGGAGUCAGAUGAGGUGGAUCUGUCGUCAGGACCAUGCGGCCAACGGGUCAUCACGACGCGCAUCGUGGGUGGACUGGACGCUGAACUCGGGCGUUGGCCAUGGCAGGGGAGCCUGCGCCUGUGGGAUUCCCACGUGUGCGGAGCGAGUCUGCUCAGCCACCGCUGGGCGCUCACUGCGGCGCACUGCUUUGAAGAAGAGAGUGACCUUAGUGAUCCCUCUGGGUGGACGAUCCAGUUUGGCCAGCUGACUUCCAUGCCAUCCUUCUGGAGCCUGCAGGCCUACUACACCCGUUACUUCGUGUCGAAUAUCUAUCUGAGCCCUCGCUACCUGGGGAAUUCACCCUAUGACAUUGCCUUGGUGAAGCUGUCUGCACCUGUCACCUACACUAACCACAUCCAGCCCAUCUGUCUCCAGGCUUCCACAUUUGAGUUUCAGAACCGGACAGACUGCUGGGUGACCGGCUGGGGGAACAUCAAAGAGGAUGAGGCACUGCCAUCUCCCUAUACCCUCCAGGAAGUUCAGGUCGCCAUCAUAAACAACUCUAUGUGCAACUACCUCUUCUUCAAGUACAGUUUCCGCACGGACAUCUUUGGAGACAUGGUUUGUGCUGGCGAUGCCCAAGGCGAGAAGGAUUCCUGCUUUGGUGACUCAGGUGGACCCUUGGCCUGUAACAAGAAUGGACUGUGGUAUCAGAUUGGAGUCGUGAGCUGGGGAGUGGGCUGUGGUCGGCCCAAUCGGCCCGGUGUCUACACCAAUGUCAGCUACCACUUCGGGUGGAUCCAGAAGCUGAUGGCCCAGAGUGGCAUGUCCCAGCCAGACCCCUCCUGGCCGCUGCUCUUUCUCCCUCUUCUCUGGGCUCUCCCACUCCUGGGGCCAGCCUGAGCCUACCCAAGCCCGUGCAGGCUGGGGCCACUGCUAAGUCAGGCCCUGGUUCUCUUCUGUCUUGUUUGGUAAUAAAUACAUUCCAGUUGAU